ACCGUCAAUUCAAGCAUUUCCACCCUCUUCCGUUCCAGCCGCACCGCCUUAUCUCUCCGCGACACUGCCUGGUUAGCCAGUCUACUACCAUGUCGGAGUCGCCGCCCCCACCGUCAUGGAGUAUCGCCGGCAUGGCCAACAGUGCCGUGCAGUUCUUGCGAUUGCCAGUUUUAGCGUCUUCCGGAUUGGCUGUAGUAGCCAGCGGUCUUUUGUACUUUAAGCAGAAUGAACUCAUUUAUCCUCGCAACGUGCCCGUGGAUGCGCGGACAAAUGUCCCCAAGCCCCAACAGUUUGGACUCACAGACUACGAAGAUCUACAAAUUCCGACCCCCGAUGGAGAGUCGUUAAAUGCCCUGUUCAUCCGCCCCUCGCGCAAACGUAUAGGCCCGAGUAUCACCGUUUUGAUGUUCCAUGGAAAUGCCGGAAACAUCGGGCAUCGCAUCCCCAUCGCAAAGGUUCUACAAGAUGUCUUGGGUUGUAAUGUCUUGAUGGUGGAGUACCGUGGUUACGGUCUGUCGACAGGUACACCGGACGAGGCGGGCUUGAAAAUCGAUGCUCAGACGGGGCUAGAAUAUAUCCAACAGCGACCGGAAACCCGAGACAGCAAGAUUGUCGUAUAUGGACAGAGCUUGGGUGGAGCCGUGGCGAUCAACUUGGUUGCCAACAAUCAAGGCAAUGGUGCGAUCGCUGGACUAAUCCUUGAAAACACAUUCCUGAGUAUUCGCAAACUGAUUCCCACGGUCUUCCCUCCUGCUCGUUACCUUGCCCGUUUCUGCCACCAAUACUGGACCAGCGAGGAUGUCCUACCUAAGAUCACACAGGUCCCCGUUCUCUUCCUGAGUGGGCUGAAGGACGAGAUAGUCCCACCAUCCAACAUGACUCAGCUCUUUGCUAUCUGCAAAUCCGACCGCAAGGUUUGGCGUACACUUCCAAAUGGAGGACACAAUGACAGUGUUGCUGAGCCCGGCUACUUCGAGCAUAUUCUCUCUUUUGUGAGGGAGGAAGUCCUCGCGGACGGUCAAUGAACCGGCCGCCCAGAUGGCAUUGGGGCAGCACCACGAACUUCGGCCAUUGACGUGAAUCGGUCACUUUUAUAUCUCGGAUCGCUCUGAUGACACUGAUGCUUUCCUUGGUGCUGUGCCUUCACCAACUGCCAACGAACUCAUGAACCACU